AUGCGUCUUCUCCGUUCAGGUCUCUCCGUCCACACUCGCCUCGCCCGACGUGCUUAUGCCAGCUCCUCGACAUCUCGGAACGAACAUACCGCUCUCGAUCAAUGGAUAACCGGAUCGCCGACAAGACAACUUGUCCUCGAUGACCGUCUAUCACCCGAGCACACCUCCGACCUCUUCAUCACCCUUCCCACACGCGAUGGCACUCGUCGACCAUAUACCAAACCCAAAUCCGGAGACCCUCUACCUUACGGACAUCAUCUCGCCUUCUUUCAUCCUCGUACACCAGAGAAGUAUCUACGACCUGACGGAACCGACGCAGACUUCUGUCCUCCCGAACCGUUCGUGAGACGAAUGUGGGCAGGAGGGAAGAUCAAGUGGAAUGGAAGUGAUGACCUGAGGAUUGGGGAGUAUGCAACAUCUAAGUCGAUUAUCAAGGAGGUGGAGAAGAAGGGGUUCGAGACGGGGUCGCCCAUGGUAUUCGUGAAGCAGCAUAUUCAGAUAAGCUCGGGUCGAUCUGCGGAACCUCAGGUGGAAGAAGAAAGGUCGCAUGUGUACCUUGGGUUGGGUGUGAUUAUGGGGCUACCACCCUCGCAGUUCUCCCUAACAUACACACCAAGCCCGACGACCCUCUUCCGCUUUUCGGCCUUGACAUUUAACGGACAUCAAAUCCACCUGGAUCGCGACUACGCACACUCAGAAGGCUACUCUGAACGACUGGUGCAUGGCCCUCUAACGGCCUUGAUGUUGCUGGAGACUCUGGUCUUCCAUAACCCAAACGCAGUGUUUAGUAGCUUUGAGUAUCGAGCUAUGAACCCUGUAGUCGUCAACCGGCCGAUCACAAUUCAUGGGGCUUUGGAGGAUGAUGGAGAGUCGGCCCAGUUGUGGACGGAGGACGGUGAGGGUGUGGUAGGAAUGAAGGGGGUCGUGAAACUACGCAACAAAAUCACGAAGGGAUGA